GCUUGUACCCAUAGCACCAAUACACAAGAUAUGUGAUUAUAGCUUUGUUCACGUGACAAAAAUAUAGUCAUCACUAGGUACGAGGUGGUACGGGUAGUACCCAUGUGAUUAGUAUAAUAUCAAAGAUCAGUUCAAAAUAUCAUAAUGCAAAUACAGCAUUCCUCAAGUCAGCGCAAUCUUGAAGGGCGUGACGCUUUGGCCCCGAAGAGGUCGAGCCCCAGCUCGUUAUAUAAAGGCCCUGGAAGAAAACACAUCCUAGAGUACAGAUACAGCCGUGAGACACGAAUCCUAGCCCCCAAGACAAAUCUGGAACUGUAAAAGGAACAGAAGAUGCGGACCCUCCUCCUCCUGUGCGCCCUGGCGGCGGCCACCCUGGCCCUGACGCCCGAAGAGAUGCUGGAGUUCAAGGCUCGGGACGUGACUGAGCAGAACACCGGCCUGAAGGGGACCGUUACCGUCACCGAGGCCGGAGACGUCAUCACCAUCGUCAGCAACGGCAUUCCCGACCACGCCACGGCCAUCUACCCCAACCAACACAACCCUAACCGCAUCGAGGCACAAAAUUACCGGUUCACCAUCCCGAAGAACCCCCAGGUGGCGAGCCAGACGUCCUGCCUGCCGAUGGGUCCGGUGGGCGUCGCCAUCAACGGCGUUCCCAUCUUCAACCCCUUCACCAUCGAGUGCCUCGACGCCAAGGAGAACGAGGUCUUCGACGAGUGCGACGGCCACCCUGCGCCAGGCGGGCAGUACCACUACCACAUCCACCCCGACUGCGUCUUCGACGGCACUAGCUCGCACUCCCAGAUUGUCGGUGUCGCCGCCGACGGUUUCGCGAUCUACGGCCCCGUGGACGACGACGGGACCGUGCUGACCAACGCCGACCUGGACGAGUGCCACGGCCGCAUGAAGAACGGGGUGUACCGGUACCACGUCACCAACGAGUAUCCCUACUUCAUGGCGUGCUUCAAGGGCGCCGUCAGGUCCGAUAGCGGCAUCAACACCGACAUGUGCCAGUGCCCGAUGGACGGCGUCAGCACCGGAUCCAACACCGACGGCACCGGCACCUUCACGGGAGGCAUCUUCGACCAACCCUUCGGCCAGCACCACCACCCACCCCCCAGGAACGCCAUCCCCGACAACCACCUCUCCUACCAGGACUUCCUGCAGUGGCAGCAGCACCAGCAGCAGCUGCAGGCUUCCCAGCAGACCGUACAGCAGCCGCUGCAGGACGCCGCCGCGACCCAGCCGCUGACGCUGUUCCAGAUCUGGCAGCAGCACCAGCCCAGCUGCGAGCAGUGGCAGCAGCAGCAGUGGCACCAGUUCGAGCGGGUGUUCCUGCAGUUCCAGCAGCAGCAGCAGGCGCUUCACCACCAGGCGGCGGCAGGUGGAGAUGCAGCACCUGAUCAGCAGCUGCAGCAGGCUGCGCAGACCAAGAAGCAGCCGUUCCGACCCCGCGCACCUGUCUCUGUGUAAAAGUACCAACGUUGCACCUGUUUGAGGGACAGAUAAUUCACGAGCUUGAAAUCCCCAGACUCCCCUGGUCACUGAAGUUGGAUGAUGAAAAUUAACCAAACUGAAUGACACAGCAUUAAUAAACAACAAAU